CUCGAUCAAAAGGCCAUUCCAAACAUUCAAACCGAUGGUGGCAGCCAGUGUAUCCAUCGUUAUUUACUCGCCCGUUUCAGAAGGUAAAAAACGAGUUUGACUGACUAUGGUUUAGUGACGAAAAUUCUGUCUUCAGUCCAGUAAGUAUUGGGUAGCUCUGUGCCAGUGAGUAAACCUUAAAAGUCCUAGGAACUUGGUCGUUUAAGAAACUUUUAAGCGCGGAACGCUGUGGCUAUUUGAUUUGUUUUCCUCUCACGCUGGUAGAUCAAACCGCCAUGGGAUAUUUCAGGGUCAUACUGUUUAUGCAACUGGUGGCCGCUGUAAAAGUAAAGCUUGUUCAUAUACCGAGAGAACAAUGGCCGAGACUUGGCGACCAAAUAACCCAGGAUAUUCUGGAUUCAAUUCAAACAUUUGAUCUACUCAACCAAGAACUAUCCAUGGGAUUUUUCGUAAGAGGAGUCGCGGGCCCCCAGGGACCUCCGGGACCGAAAGGUCCCCUUGGUAGUUCCGGAAUCUCGGGACCAGCUGGCAUGCCAGGAUGGCCCGGUCCCCCGGGGAAACAUGGCCAGGUUGGGUUGCCAGGACCACCCGGACCUCCAGGACCACAGGGACCCCCAGGGGUAAAAGGAGGAACGGGAUUCGGAGGCUUGCCAGGACAGGUCGGAAUGCCCGGAGUCCCUGGAUAUCCAGUGUGGAAGAUAACAACGGAUAUUUACACUCCGCUAUAUACAGUGCAAACGAACGUGACCAUCGUGUGUGUUGGUGAUCGUGCGUUAUUGCAAUGCAGUCCUGGCAAACGAGUGAAAGUAACGCAAGCUCGGUGGGAAGAGGGCAACUCCGUGACAUGCACCAAUUCUGCACCUGCCGAUUUGUCUACUUCUACGCUGAACUCAAAUACCCCAGAUCAAAGUCAUGUGACCGACCUAAUAAGGAAGCGUUGCGCAAAGCAACCAUACUGCGAUGUGCAAGCAAGUGCACCAUUCUUUCAAAAAGUUCCGAGCUCGUCUAGAUAUCUAAAACUGUGGCACGAAUGCAUUCCUGAUGUCUCUGGGGUGAUUUUACCAACACGGAAAUCAAGAAGGGAAAGAAUCGACCCCAAUAUCCAAAAGAGAGAUUUCUCUCUUCGAUCAGGUGAUGGCAAAAGCACUGAGUCCGAACCAGUCAAGUGGUACACCGAAGGCUUAGUAACUAGUGCCUCUCGCAAUUUCAGUGGUGGCACCGUAAAAGAAAAUGCGUACAAGGGCAAAAGCAACGAGCAAAUCUCAUCUAAAAGGAAUGAAUCAGCAGCAGGGAAGGAAAAGAGAAGUGAGGGUGGCUACGAGAGUGCACAGUUAGCGCAGGUGUUGGAUGAACUGAUGCGACCACCCUCUGUAUACACGUAACUUAGAGAUUGAAAAGCGAUCUAGUUGUAUAACCAUUGUUAUUAAUAACUGAUUGUUCUUGAUAUAUCGAUAGGAGAAUUAAAAGCAUGCUCAAAAAAAAAAAAAAAAAAAAAAAAAAGAAACAUUUGAGAGACAUCCCACUAAAUUUGUGCACUAAUUUCUCUAUAAACGCCCAGCCAUGGUGUAGUUGUUAUAUAACCUCUAAAUUUUAACGCUCGGGUAUGUCCAUACAUUUGACCAUUUAACAA